AUGAAUGAUGAAUUAGUUGUUGAUUUUCAAGAUUUAAAAUCACUACCAAAUCUUAUCAAUAUCUAUCAUAUAUAUUUCGAAAGUAAACACACAAAGUUCAUUGAAACUAGGCUGAAAUGUGUACUACACUUUGUGGCCUAUCACAACUACAAUAAAUAUACACAUUAUUUCGAUUUGAAUGGUUAUUGCAAGUUCAUCGCUGAAGUGUUCUUUGAUGAAUCGCAAAAGUUUAAUGACUGGUUUGAAAGAAAGAAUGAUUUAGAUACCAAUGAAUUAAAAAAUAGAAUAGAUAGAUUCAGAAAUCAAUUGGAAAGAGAUCGUUUGCCACAACUAGAUACUUUCACAUACGAUAAUCUAUAUGAAAUAGUUAAUAAGAAUAAUAACAACAACAAUAAUAUAGAUGAAGAAGAAAUAACAACAAUAACAAGUACAAAUACUAUAUCUAAUGUAGGAAUCAAUAAUAAUAAUAAUAAUAGUAAACUAUCUGAAUUGUUAUUGGAAAAGAUAAUAUCCUACACCAUUCAGUUUGAUAAACAUUUUUAUAAUAAUACAACACUUACAAGUAGUAGUGAGGAAAGUAGAUACAAUCGACUUCAAUACCUUUCUUCUCAUUUACACGAUAGCCAUUUUAACAAUGUAGAAGAACAUCACUCAUCCAGAGUUAUUGAUGGAGCAGUCCUUUUAAACCAUUCUUUGGUAUCAAAGCAGUUUUUUAGUAUAGUUUCAAAGAUUAUCAGUUACAGUUAUUACUACUGGAAUGGAUAUCUCAAUAUCAGCAACAACAAUAAUAAUAAUAACAGAUAUAAUUUAGUAAAAUCACCACCAUUAUUAUUCGAUUACGAAAUGAUAAAAUAUAUUCCAUACGAUAAGGGAAUAGAACAUGCCAAUCAAUUGAUGUCACGUGUCAAAGUUUUCACAAUGAGAUCCGAUGAAUUUGAAUUCUCCUCGGAUUCAGGUGUAUCUAGAUCCUCAGUGUUUGACGACGACCAUGAAGCCUAUAACAACUUCCUAGUCUGUGAAAUCUACAAAGAAGCUAUCACUAGCGAUGGCUACUUGGUAUAUCCUCCGGUAAUGCCAAAUCUCAAGGAGAUCGUUGUGUCAGAGUACUAUGCGUUUGGCGAUAACUACAAUGAGUUCAUCACUCACCUCGUUCGAAGCACUCCAAACGAUGGCGAUACACACGGCAUUGAACGGUUCUCGAUAGAAAUGGUUCAAGAUCCAAAUAUAGAGCAAGAUGAGUGGUCGCCUCAACCUAUUGAUUUCCUUCGACUAUUGGUGUGGUUGCAUUCAGCUACAUUGAGAACAGUUCGGCUAAUCUGUCGGUCAUUCGUACGCCUUGACCUUGGCAAUCUUGUUGAAAUCCUUGAAGAUAUUCUUCCACACAUCAAAGAAAAUGAAAUCCAAUUCGAAUUGAUAUUAAAAUCUUCAUUGGUACGGGUCGAACAAUGCGAUCAUAGAGAUUUUAACAAAGAGAAUUUUAUAACAGCUCAUUGA